UGUUGAUGCAGAUAGAAAACAGUUGAACUGCGCAGAGAGUUCAGCUCAGUCGAAGCUGGAGCAAGGAGAGGGCAGAAAGCGGAGAGAUCGGUGUCGUUUUUUAUUAUGCUUAAUUUGAUCAGUAAUUGUCAAUCUAACCGAUCGGAUCCAUGGUGAAGAGAAAGAAGACGUCGCCCACCACCGAAGAGUACGAAAAUGGCAUGACACCGGGCUCCAGGGAGGGGAUCGGUGUCGAUGGGAGGAGGAAUCCGUCCAGAAAGCCCGAAGGUUGCGACGAGGAGGAGAGCGGAGAGCAGGCGAGCGAGGAGCACAGUACAAAGGGAGACGACGGAGUGGAAAUUCUUAAUCCAUCAACCACGGCUCUCAGCCCCGGUUCAACCCCGGUCCUCCCCGCCUCUCCACCGAACCGAACCGGGCUUGGUGAUACCCAGCAGCCCCAUACAUCAGCGGAGUCCGCCCCUCAAUGCCACGACCAGCAUCAUUUUCUCCGAUCAAGCGUUCGACCUCCAAGUAAACGCAUCCGGAAGGAUUCAAUCGGCUCAGCCAUCAAUGGACAUGGCGGGGCAAAAUCGAAAGGCACAGAGAAUGGCUCUUCCUCUCAGGGGGCAGUGGGACAGUCGGGGCCUAUUGCGAGCUCCACAGUAGGAGUAUCCAAGUCCUCCAAGGGCCAAGGGUCUACUGAGAAGGAGGAGCAGGCUGGUAACCAGAAACGGGCCCGUCGACAAUGGGAGUCUUGGAGUGCAGAAGACAAAAACAGCUUCUUUGAGGGCCUGUAUGAGCAUGGAAAGGAUUUCGAAGCGAUCCAGAACAACAUAGCGAUGAAGUACAAGAAGAGAGGCAAGCCAGCUAACAUGGUGAAGAACAAGGAGCAAGUUCGCCACUUUUAUUACCGCACCUGGCACAAGAUCUCCAAACACAUUGACUUUGCCAAUGUGUACUCUCGAGUUCUGAAGAAAUCCUCUCAAGAACUGUAUGGUCUCAUCUGCUAUGCUGAGCUGCGCAAAAAAGUUGGAGGACUAAUGGAUGAUAAGAACGUGGCGAAGCUGAACGAACUGAUCCAACAAGGGGCCACGACUGUGCGCUCAAAAGGGAGGAACCUGCGAAUCAAAGCACCCAUGUGCCGCGCUCUGAAGAAACUUUGUGAUCCCGACGGAGUAAGUGAUGAAGAAGACCAGAAGCCGGUGCGUCUCCCCCUGAGGGUGGCAGUGGAGCUCCAGCCGCGCAGUAACCAAUCCUGGGCCCGUGUUCAAAGUUUAGCCCACAAUCCACGCCUCAGAAUGGUGGUGGAGCUGCAUAGAAAGGUUUCCAGCCUCAUUGAAUAUUUGAAACAGAAGUGGGCAUACCAGGACCAGCGCAUUCUUAAGAGUCUCAAGGAGCGAGAAGCUCUGGAGGGCAGUCAGUCCAGCACAACCUCCCCCGGCAAAUGCCAACCAGAUGAACUCCUUCUCUUCCCUGCUGAGAGCACCACAUUGACUACACUGCCUGGUGUGGCACGUGUGGUUCACUCCAAGGCCUCCUGCACUGUACACUGGCUGGAGAGUGGCAAGAACCGACCAAAUGCAAAGGAAUUGCCAGCUGCCCAGAUCCUGGGCAUCCACACAGCUCCAACAUCUCGGACUGGCACCAAAUCUGGACGUGGGAGUUCUGCUGCAGCUGCUGCUGGUGCUCCAGUGACUGUGUUAGGUGAUACUCGUCGAACUGAUCCCCCUAACCUUGAAACUUCACCAGACAGUUCUGCCAAAGUAGAAGAGAAGAGGCCUGUGUCUGUUGCCGCAUCCUUUCAGCAGACGGUGGCUCUGAGAGAAGAAGGAACUGAGUUUGCUCCCUGUGGUGGAUUAGCUGUAAUCAAAAGCACAGAGAAGUUGUGUAGCAGUGUAGAGAGCUCAUCUGAGCAGUGCAAAGAGGAGCAGAAUGCCAGCACCUCCUCUCCAGAGGCCAACCAGACUCCUCCAACCAAACCUUCAAUGACUGUCCCAGAGGAUGGAGUGUCGCAGAGCCCUGCGUCUGCAGCCAAAGAGCGGACUGUUGAGCAGAUCAGGGAGGAAGGCUGGUGUGCCCGUGACGCAGAGAACGUCACCCUGGCUGAGCUUUACCUGAUGUUUGGAAAGCCUGGGAAGCUGCAAUUGGAGUAUGAGUGGCAGCCUAUCACGGCUCCUUCCAACAACCAAGAAGACGGACAAGCCAUGGCACCAGCUAAGCCUAACAGGAUGCAUCAUGUCUUGCGCUGCCUGCUCAAACUGGUGACCACUGAGGUCAAUCCUAAACCUUUGGCCCCGGAUCUGUGUUCCACAGCCAUGUCACCUCUUAAAACCCAACAGGAGGAGCAAAACCAGACACUCACUCCUCCGGGAAAGGGGCCCAUAGCAGGUGUUCGCAGCCCCAGCUGUGGCCGGCAGCAGGCCUCUGUCCGAGGGGCCAGGUCACACCUGGUCAACACUGGGGUCUCAGGUGGACGCUGCCUUGCGCGAUCUCUACUGGGGUCGGCAGCGGGCUGUGACUCAGAGGGAGGUGUUUUUGCUGUACCCACCACGCUGCCUCCUAACAGCUCACGGCACAACAGAAUGUUCUCUCCCAACAAGGAAGCGGAACUUGCCUUCAGACAGCAACUGGACUCGAUCAGUAUGCAGUCAGAUCUUUUCCUUUCCCGACAGAGAAAACCUCGGAGCAGACAACUCCGUAAACCUCUUGUAGUUCAACGAACACUGCUGCCCCGAACUACAGGAGACACUUCUCCGCACGUCUGCUCCUUUUCCAUCCUCUCCAACUCCUCUGCAGGAACUGGAUCUUUCCGGCCAAUCCAUACUCGCCCUGCUCCUUCGCCUCGCUCCAUCGUUUCCAAGGUUUCAGCUGCAACCACCAGUCAGCUCUCCAGUGCCAUUGAUCUGGCAGCUAAGUCUGCAGGCAUCAUUCCUGGUAGUCCCUGUCGGAGUGUUGACUCUCCCUCUGUGGAUAACGACAAUCUGCUCACACCCACACCCACACCCACUGGUGAUGCCGAACCAGACCCACAGCUCCUCCAGCAAAACGUCCCAGAGAAUGGUUUGCCUCCACCGUCUCCUAUAGCGAUUAGUGGUGGGGACUCGCUCCUCGCUCCACCCAGCGUAGCCUCGCUCCUGGACAUCUCUUUGCCUGGGCCGCCUGAAGAGGCUCUAGCCCCCGGAGAACCUCAAACACACAUCAGUGACUCCAUCAUUGAGCUUGCCAUCAACUCUGCUCACUACGGUGAGGAGACGGCUCUUUCUCCAGCCAAGCUGAGUAACAACGACGGCUCCAAACUUUUAGCCUCGUCUCCCUCAGUCAGCCCGUCCCGAGGCUGGAUUCCAUCGCCCAGCCAUGACCCCCAGUGGUACCCAAGCGAUUCAACCGACUCCACACUGGGAUGUCUUCUCUCCAGCAUGGUGUCUCCUGAAAAGGUGAGGAGGACCAACCUUACCCCCUCUGGCCCCUCCAGUGGCACAGCGUUGCUUGGACCUAGCCUCCUGGACUGCAACUCCCAUGAUUCCUUUCAGUCUCGUGGCCUUCCUGAUGUGGCAGAGAUGGACUCUCAGCUUGCUUGUAUGAUGAGUGAGAGCAGCGUGGACUACAUCGCUCGCUUCAAUGACCUGGCUCAGGAGCUGGCUGUGACCGAGCCCUCCAUCCCGCCGCCAUGAGGAAGAGAGGACAAGGCCAUCUGGAAGAUUGGGCGCUGUGCGGCUAGAGAUUAAGUAUUUCUUCGGUGUCAAGACCGUUGGUCUUCUGAUGGAUUUACAUCAAUCAAAGGACAGUUAUGGAGAAGGAGCAGCCUCUGAAAGCCAUCCCUGCCCUGUAUGUUUAAGUGCAAUAAUAAUGGUGAACCUUGACCAUUGUUCAAAAGCGAGUUAAAAGAAAAAAAAGGUGAAAUCCCCUUUAAAAACAAACACUUUUGAAAAAAAAUGUGUUGACAAAACACAACCUCAUGUACAGGAAAACACAAUGCCAUAUCUGAACAUAAUAUUUUCACUGAGCUUAUGUCUUUUCCUGAUCUUUGUGUGUGUGUAUGUGUGAGCGUGUGUCUUCUACUCUCAGCUUGACCCCCAAAAUGUGCAAAUCCUCCAAAAUGUGCAGUUAAGGUUCGUAGUCGGUGGCAAACAGCUGCUGAAAGAGGAUUCUAGUAAUGUCAGUGAGUAAAAUGGUCUUUUCACUUAUUACAGUAAAUUGGAGCACAACAACACAACAGAGCAGGAACGAGGUUAAAUCCUCUGCUCCUGCCCCUCCACCUUGUGUUUUUGAUUUCACUCAGUUUAGUUAUCUGUUUUUGGUCAAAUUUUCCAUGUGUAUGUUUGGAAUCAGGUUUUUUUUAUUUCUUACAUCCACAUGCAAAAUGGCAGCUUUUUUUGGUUGAUUACAUUUGAAAGCAACUCCACAGAUGAGAUCAUCUGCAGCUAUUACAUUUGUGAUGUUGUGCUAAAAUCAAAGUCCAUUUCCAGCCACGUUGUUGCAUCUCCAUCACGUUUAAUGUAGGUUUUAAUAAGUAAAAUGGCCUGUAGGUUGUCUUGAUGUUGCUUUAACAGGUCACAAAAACACAUCUUCCUUUUACAGACAUUAACUUUGAGUUGUGGUUUCUCAUUCUUACACAUUAAUGAUGAAGCCAUAGGUUUUUGGUUUAAUUUUCCCCCACAAUGUGACUAUGUAUUCAUUUUGAAUACUAAAAAUGUCUGAUACCUCUAUAAGUUGUUAACAUUACACUCCAAUUUAACACCACAAGAGCAAGCAGUUCAGAGUUAUGUAAUGAAAUCAAACACUAAAGGCAAUAGUUGACACUCCACUAAGUACAUUUGCAGUCGCUAAUUAAUCACCAGUAAUUAUGUGACUGACUGGUUGCAUUUAAAACAUCAACAGCCUGUUGAUUAGUACUGAUUCUGGCUAAUGUUGACAAUAUUGAUUUAAUGUGUUCAUCAUUCCUCUAACCUCAGCUGCUCUGCAUGCAAUGAUGACUCGAUGGAUGUUUGUUCUAUUUCACGUAGUUUCAGUGUUGUACACUGGGACAACAUUUGUUCCACGUCACGUCCAGACUCACCGCAUUGACUCUCUGAAUUUCACAUUUAAGCAGCGCCAUCGAUAUGCAGUAUUUAAAAACAUCUUUGCCUCAUCAACAUGUUAAAUUGUAGGAGAACUCUGUUCAUUCCACAAAAUGUCCGUCUCCUUCAAGCACCUUUGUGGCUUUGACUCUACAAUGUAAAAGCGCUUUUUUUUUAAAGUAAAUUCGUUGAUAAAAGGUCUCAUCUUCUCACACUAGAAAAGAAACAAUGAAGAUGAUUCUUAUUGAGGAAUAAACAGCAGGUUUUGUCUUUGAA